UGUAAAAUUAAUAGUAAAAUAUGUCCGUAGUCAAAAAGGUCCCAAUAGGUACUUCAUUUUAACUAUCAUGGAGGAAGAACAUAAAGAGGAGAUGCCUGUAGUUGAGGAACCACAAGUUACUACAGAAGAAACUCCCACCAGUCAACAAGAGGCCACCAGUCAACAAGAGGCCCCUACAGAACUGGAAAAUGGCAAAGACUCUCCAACAGCUGAGGUUGAAAUGGCAUCAGAUGAGAAAAGUGUACAAGACUCUGAAAAAGGAGGUGAAAAAGUUGCAGAUGUAAACACUGACGCAGUAGAAGAUGCCGAUAAUAAAGAAUCCGAAGACCAAGAAGUCGAAUCUAAUGAAGCAAAGAUUGAGGAUGCACCAGCACAAGUAGCUGAAAAUGGGGAAGAUAAAGAUGGAGGUAAUGGUGAAGAAAAUGAUGGUACUACUGAAAGAAAAGAGGAAACUGAAGGUGGAGACCAAACCAGCCCAGGAGAAGAGGAAAAUGAAGAGGAUCAGGUGACAAAGACUGGGUCACAGCCUGAUCCACAACAGCAGACAGCUGAGGAAGAAGAACCCAAGUCCCCCUUACCAGAAAGCAGUACUUUUGGUGAGGGUGAAAGGCCUGAGACACCAGUUGUUGCUGUUACUGAUCCCCUGUCUAGAGAAGGUAGCCCUGUUCAAGAACCACCUCAAGCAAUUCCACCAGGAACACCUGAAAGAAUAAGAUCUCCCGUCAUAGAAGAAGAUAGAUAUGAAGAGGAGGAAGUAGAGGAAGAGGAUCAGUUGGAGCCAAGAGAAAAAAUUGUAGAACGCUAUCAAGCAGCCAUUGCAGAGCGAGAACAACUGUUGACAACCAAUAUGCAGUUUCAACACAAACUAGCCGAGUACUUCAGAAAGAAGAAAACUGAUGACCAACGUCAAGAGAUGGAUAAGAAUGUAACAGACCAGGAGCAACGCUACCUCAAAUACAUGUCCAACCUUGAAGAGUUGAGGGAACAGGAGGAAGAAGGAAGAAGGAGUGUACAGAAUCAGUUAGAAGAUUUAAGAAUUAGGAAAGACGAGAAAUUGCACCUUGUAGACGGUGAGACACACGAAUUUGCAGAGUUCAAGAAACAGACAGCACUCAUUGCCAUCAACAGCAGAACAGGGAAGCCAAUAUUACCCAAAGAUGUUGAACAAUAUUUAUUAAAUGAAGUGAAGAAAGAAGAUGAAGUUAAACAAGUACGACUUGAGAAUAUCAAGUUAAAGAAUCGAUUGAAGAAGAGGGAACAGCAACUCAAGGCCAAAGAAGAGCUUGCUGAAGGCCUGCAUCUCAUUGAUUUUGAACAGCUUAAGAUUGAAAAUCAGACAUACAAUGAAAAGAUCGAGGAGAGAAACGAGGAACUGCUGAAGCUGAGGAAAAAGAUCACAAGUACAGUGCAAGUUUUAACUCAUGUUAAGGAAAAACUACAGUUUGUCCAAGCAGAAAACCAAGUGCAGAAAGCCAAGCUGAAAGAUGUUGAAGAAUUAGUUGCUAGGAAAAGGGAUAUCUUAUCCCGUACCAAGAAAGCAAGGGACUGUUUACGGAUUGACAACCAACGUCAAAUGCAGAAGUGUGGACUUCUCGGUAACAAGCCACUACUACUUGACUUUGAGGAGAGGAAGGAUGAAGGGGAUGAUUUGAGGGCGCGCCUUGAGUAUUUAAAACGGAGACAUGCGGAGUUGACGUUGGACAGCAAUGGCCUAAAAAAGAAAAUUGAAGAAGCAAGAUCUGUGAGGAAUUAGUGUAACCGAAGCAAUGUUUUAAUGUUUGCCAGUGUUUGUCGUACAGUAUAAAUUAAAAAAAUUUCCUGUAAAUACAUAGUGUAUAGCUUUAUUGUAGGCACAUAAUAAAUUUGAUAUUUAACAAAGCGUAAAUUGGGUUCCGAAAUUCUUAUUUGCUUUGUCUACCAAUCCAAAAGUUAUUAGCCUCCCCAAAUAGGCUAUUGUCUUUACCUGUGUUCUUAUUCCAGUUGUUGGUAGUAAAUUUUUUGUUACCUUGAUAACUAAUCGUAGACUUGCCACUGGGCGCUCUCUAUGCUCCAAUGAAUUUCCGUAAAUCAACCAUCCAUUAUAUAAUUAACUUGUUCAACUCAAAUGUAAUUAAUGAUACAAAAUUUCAAACUAAGUGAGGUUCCAACUUGAUGUUGGGUUUUUACUGAUCGUUUUAAUUAUUAAUCUUUUUUGCAUUCCUGUUUCCCUUUGUAUUGUUUUAACCAUGUAAAUUUUGAUGCAAUUCAAAAUCAAAAUGUUUUAAUAAUAAACCAGAAUAAAUAAUAAAUAAAUAAAAACUAAAGUUUGGCAAGUCGGAUUAAUUUCAAACUUGGCAGAAUGCAAAAUGGUAAUAAUAUGCUAAAUAAUUUGCAUAAUUAAUAUUUCUGUUUCUACUGGUUUAAUAGUUAUGCUUGAAUUCAAAAUAACUACACAAGAGAAAAUUAUUUUUUUUUAAUAAAUUAUUUAUUAUUUGAAUUGACCACUAAUUUAUUUACACAAGAACUUUACUACAGUACUGUACUUGCAAGCAUUUUAUAGGAUUGACAAUAAUCCACACUGCGAUGUACACUACUUCCAUUUGAUGUUGAAAAUGCAUGCUAGGGAUUAUAGAGGCUAACUUCAGGGCUGGAAAAAGUGCCCAACCACACAACCCGCAUUCGGAGGCAUCACGAAUGUCCUGGAUGCAUUUUUAUGGGAAAAAAUUAAAAGAAAUAAACUGUAGUGUGCUGGAGGCAUUUUAUUGAGACAAUUGUCAUGGUUGGAGGCAAACAUUUUUUUCCCAGGCCUGACUAGUGUCCUAGGCCAUGUUAUUCUCAACCGUCAGGAGUGGAGUUGAAAACACAGUGGUUAAGAUUCUUGUUUUGAAACUGUAGGGUACUAGGUUCAAUUCCUGUUGCAGUAAUAAGAGUUUUAAAUACCCUCUCCCCCCCCCCC